AUGGGUGUGACAGAUGUGACUCCGGGCAUGACCCGGAAGAGACCUGCGCCUGGCGCGUCUCCCGCCGUGCAUCCUCAGAUGGCUUCGAUCUCCGGCUACUCUCCCAAUCAAGGACCUCAGUUGUCCAAUGACCAAUUCCUCCAAUGGGGCCAGAAUACGAGCCCUACGGCAGUGAACCCGGCGGUCUUCCCGGAUAUCAACUCGUACAAUGCAGGCUAUGUUUCGUCUCAGGAUGGCUCUGCCACGCCGACGUCCACCCAGCUGGCACGUCGAUCCAUGAGCCAGAUCGUCAGCAGAACGCGGUCAUACGAUCAGCCGCAAAGUCCGCUGAUGGAUCACAACGGCAGCAAUGUCUCGGAGACCGGAGGCUGGGGAGAGAGUCUGGCGGAAUUGCAGCAGAGAGCGCUUAUCGCCAAGAGAGAGGCUCAAGCCAAGAGAAAGCAAAUUCCGCCUUUCGUGCAGAAACUAAGCAGUUUUCUCGACGAGUCCAAAAAUACCGACCUGAUCAGAUGGUCGGAUGAUGGCAAUUCUUUUAUCGUCCUAGAUGAGGAUGAGUUCGCAAAGACCCUGAUACCGGAGUUGUUCAAACAUAACAACUAUGCCUCGUUCGUCCGCCAACUGAACAUGUAUGGUUUUCACAAGAAAGUCGGCCUAUCGGACAACUCCAUGCGGGCGAGUGAACGGAAGAAUAAGAGCCCCAGCGAGUAUUCCAACCCGUACUUCAAACGUGGCCACCCCGACCUUCUGUGGCUGAUCCAGAAGCCGAAGAAUGUUCCCGGACAGGGAGCCAAGUCUGGCAAAGGCCACUCUCGCGCGAAAACCGACGAUGGUGAGGAGAACGAAGGUGAAGAGUAUGGAGACGGUGCACAUGGGCAGAACGACCGCUCCAGACCCCAUGGACAGCUCUCCCUGACGGGCGCGGGUUAUCUGCAAAAGGAGCAACUUGCCGGUGUCUACCGCGAGCUCCAGGCCAUCCGCCAGCAACAGCAGAUUAUCUCGAGCACGAUCAGCAAGCUGCGAAGAGAGCAUGAGCAACUGUACGCCCAGGCCGCUACCUUCCAGGAACAGCAUACUCGCCAUGAGAAUUCCAUCAACGCCAUUCUUACGUUUCUGGCCACCGUCUAUAAUCGCAGUCUGCAGGAUGGUGGCCAGGGCAUCGGCAACCCUUUCGUCGGCGCCAUCCCUCAAGACCAAGGCAAUGUGGUUGAUGUUGGCGAUGACUACAGCCUGAGCCGCUUUGACGGCGAGAUACCCGGUUCGGACGGCCAGAGAUCAGCGAAGAGACAGCCACUGCUGCUGAAAGCACCCCCUGUUGCACUUGACCGUCCGAGCAGAGCGCAUACAUUGUCCCCCUCGGCUACCCAUACGACCUUUGAUCAGUCCCGCAGACCUUCCCACGUCCGACAAGCCAGCGUACCCCAGUCCGGCCACGUCGAAGAAGUGUUUGACGCCAACAGUCCGCAGCGAAGAGCGUCUCAACAGAGCCAGCAUUCGAACCAGCGAUUGCCACAGGGCGACAUCAUGUCCGUCAUCCAGAACUCGAACGCACGCCAUGGUAUCCCCGCUACGACUAUGGCCGACUUCCCUACUGUCCUCUCCUCCCUCGAGAGUUCCGGCGGUAACUCCCCACUAACCCCGAAGCAACGUGCUGAUAUGAUCCGACUUAUGAUGAAUGAGACUAAUUCGGCCGAUCCGGCUGUUACAGCCUCGUCCAACAACGCCUUGAUCACGCCCACGCCGCCGCCAAUGCCCCAGAACUAUGCCAACCAUCUUGCUAGCACACGCACUGAGAUCGAUAACCUCACCAAGAUGCAAGCCGAACAGGACCGCUCUGUCCAGAAUCUGACCAAUUUGCUGCAGCCGCUUAGCCCAACUGGUACCAUCCCGGGCAUUGGUGAACAGGCCAACGGGGUCCAGCCAUCGCUCGAUCUUGACCAGAUAUUCAACAGCGAUUACUUCUCUGAGAUUCCGGAUAUUGAUAAGAGUGGCCUCGACUUCCCUGAGUCAACGGCGGCCCCGCCUCAGACGGUUCCCGCUUCCGCAGAUCCCACCAGCGAUCUGUUCAGCUUCGACAAUCUCCCGUCUGGAGCUGAACCGGACCUCUUCGAUGACGCAAAUGUUAUCUCCAACCACGAUUCUCAAGCUACGCCGUCUACAUACUACGAGGGCUACCAGGAUUACAACAAGGCCGCGGGUCUAAACGGUCAUGCUGGUGGCACACCCUCGGGCUUCACGGCUGCGCGUCGCAACACGAACGAACCAGGCAGGGCCGUGGAGACCUUCACUGAUAGCGAGUCGACGUCUCCUGCUGGCGCAAGAGAUGACAACGCCCAGCUUUCUACGAGGAAUCUUCCUGACUCUGAAGGAGGUAAGGGGAAUGGUGGUGGUGGAAAACGUCGCAGAAAGGCGUAAUCUAACCUCGAGGAAACAGAGCGCGCGGAGUGACCGUCCUUUUUUCUUCUUCUUAAUACCAAUCUUGAUCCGGAAUGCAAACGCAAACAUAUUCUACGGCCAAGGCAACGGGGACAGGAUGAAAGCUUCCAUACAAAAGGAACAAGACGCUGUGGAUGAUUGCAAUAUCUCGUUUGGAGUACAAAUCUCUCUAAUCUCUUUUUCCCUUUCUCGAACCACCGAUGCCCGCGAUGUG